AUGAGAACUUGGGUGUUUACACUUUGUGCGCUGACGGUGGUGGUAUCCUGUUUCGCUCAACAGCAGUUGUACAACCGAUAUGAUAAUUUCAACGCCGACUCGAUCAUACAAAACGAGAGGAUCCUUCUAGCAUAUUACAAAUGCGUAAUGGAGAAGGGACCGUGCACGAAAGACGGCAAAAAUUUCAAACGAGUCUUGCCUGAAACUAUACAGACCGCGUGUGGAAGAUGCUCCCUAAAACAAAAGGACGUCGUCAGAAAGAUGCUUCUGGGAAUACGAGCGAAAAGUGAACCCCGCUUCAUAGAACUAUUGGAUAAAUAUGACCCGACGGCUUCAAAUAGAGAAGCCCUGUACAAUUUCUUAGUCACUGGAAACUAA